CUCUCUCUCUCUCUCUCUCGCGUGUGUGAGUGUGUGUGAGUGAGUGUGUGUUUUUUUUAACAAGCACCUCUUUCGGCCCUAGCUUUAUUUAACCACUCGAGUGGAUCCCGGGGGCCAUUAGUGCGUCUCUCCACGUCGCCGCGCGCGCAGCUCUCCUCCCGUUCCUCGUUUUCUGUUGAACACUUUUUUUAUUAGAUUUUUUGCUGGGAAAUUUGGGGACGUGAUUCUUAGUUUAAAGGUUUAAGGUUGGUAAAAAAAAUAUAUAUAAUUGAGAACCAAGUUACGGCGCAGGGACGAAGCAAGAAGUCGGGAGCGCUACCGCACAUUGCCGUCUUCCUGAUUCCCUUUUAUUGCUUGCAACUUUUUUCCCGACUUAUAUCAUUUUGUUUCUGUUCCUUUUCCUUUUUGGCACUGCCUGGCACUGCCUUGCUGUUUCUCCGCCUGCGGUGAAGUUUCACACACACACACACACACACACACACCCGCGCGCGCCCCGGACGCACGGACUGCCUGCAACUAUAAAAACCAGAAGGAGGAAAAAAUCAUGAUGAGUAACAACGCGUACUACGAUCACCAUCAGCAGCAGCAGCAGCAGUUUCAGCCGCCGCCGCCGCAGUACUACUACCAGGACGGCGAGGACGGAGGCGGAGACGAGGAGAUGCCCGCCACCGAGAAGGACCUGGCCGAGGACGCGCCGUGGAAGAAGAUCCAGCAAAACACGUUCACCCGAUGGUGCAACGAGCACCUGAAAUGCGUGAACAAGAAGAUCGUGGACCUGCAGAAAGACCUGAGCGAUGGCCUCAAGCUUAUCGGUCUCCUCGAGGUGCUCAGCCAGAAGAAGAUGUACAGGAAGUACCACGCCAGGCCCAACUUCAGACAAAUGAAACUGGAGAACGUGUCCGUAGCGCUGGAGUUCCUGGAAAGGGAGCACAUCAAGCUGGUUUCAAUAGAUAGCAAAGCCAUAGUGGAUGGCAACCUGAAGCUGAUUCUAGGACUGAUAUGGACCCUCAUCCUGCACUACUCCAUCUCCAUGCCUAUGUGGGAGGACGAGGAGGAUGAGGAUGCCAAAAAGCUCACUCCCAAGCAGCGCCUUCUGGGCUGGAUCCAGAACAAAGUCCCGCAGCUGCCCAUCAACAACUUCCACCGUGACUGGAGGGAUGGCAAAGCACUGGGAGCCCUGGUGGACAACUGUGCUCCUGGUCUGUGUCCUGACUGGGAGAUGUGGGACCCCAAUCAGCCAGUGGAGAAUGCCAGGGAGGCCAUGCAGCAGGCUGAUGACUGGCUUGGUGUCCCUCAGGUUAUAGCUCCUGAGGAGAUUGUGGACCCGAAUGUGGAUGAGCACUCGGUCAUGACCUACCUUUCUCAGUUCCCUAAAGCCAAGCUGAAGCCUGGUGCUCCACUACGUUCCAAAACUCUGCAUCCAAAAAGGGCUAAAGCCUAUGGUCCUGGCAUCGAGCCCAGAGGCAACGUGGUCUUAAAAGCAGCUGAGUUUAUCGUUGAGACAGUGGAGGCAGGUCUUGGUGAGGUGCUGGUGUACGUCGAGGAUCCUGAGGGUCACACUGAAGAGGCUCGAGUGAUUGCCAACAAUGACAAGAACAGAUCUUACUCUGUAGUCUAUUUGCCCAAAGUGGAGGGUCUUCAUAAGGUGAAAGUGUUGUUUGCUGGACAGGACAUUAACAACAGCCCCUUCCUUGUGAACGUGUCCAAAGCUCUGGGAGACCCUAAUAAGGUGCAGGCACGCGGUCCGGGCUUGGAACAAAUGGGAAAUGUGGCAAACAAGCCCACUUACUUUGACAUCUAUACUGCAGGUGCUGGUGCAGGUGAUGUGGGUGUAAUCAUUGUGGACUCGCAGGGUCGCAGAGACACGGUGGAGAUCAUACUGGAGAACCGAGGAGACAGUAUUUUCCGCUGCACAUACGGCCCUGUACUGGAAGGACCGCAUGUUAUUUACGUUACUUUUGCAGGCCAGCAAAUACCCAGAAGUCCUUUUACUGUACACAUCUCAGAGGCUCCUCUGAGCAGCGUGCCGGCCGGGUCCCCGGUUCAGAUAAUCCCUCAGUCUAUUCGCACGCCGCCCUCCGAAAAGUCCAAGAAAGUGCCCCCCCCAACGCCGCCCAAACCCAGGCGAGCAACGAGUAAUCCGAAUGCUUGUCGGGCUAUUGGACGAGGUCUACAGCCCAAGGGUGUGCGGGUGAAGGAGGUGGCUGAUUUUAAAGUUUACACCAGAGGGGCAGGCAGUGGAGACCUGCGCGUCCUCAUCAAAAACCCAAAGGGUGGAGAUGAACCUGUGAAGGUGUGUGACUUGGGUGAUGGGGUUUAUGAAUGUAACUACUACCCCGUUUUUCCUGGAAAAUACACUGUAAUCAUCACCUGGGGAGGGCACGCCAUCCCACGCAGUCCAUUUGAGGUGUUCAUCAGUGAGGAUGCAGGACCUCAGAAGGUGAGAGCUUGGGGUCCAGGCUUGGAGACAGGUAUGGUGGGCAAGUCAGCUGACUUUGUAGUGGAGGCUAUCGGGACCGAGGUGGGAACUCUGGGAUUCUCAAUUGAAGGCCCAUCCCAAGCUAAGAUCGAGUGUGAUGAUAAGGGUGAUGGCUCCUGUGAUGUUCUCUACUGGCCUACAGAGCCUGGUGACUAUGCUGUUCAUGUCAUCUGUGAUGAUGAGGACAUUAAGGACAGCCCUUUCAUGGCACACAUCCUUCCUGCAGCCAAUGAUGUUUUUCCUGAGAAGGUGAAAUGUUAUGGUCCUGGUUUGGAGCCCACUGGCUGCAUUGUCAACAAACAAGCAGACUUUACUAUUGAUGCUCGAGCAGCAGGCAGGGGACAGCUGAAGAUCUAUGCUCAGGACUCCGAAGGUUACCCAAUUGACAUCCAAAUUACAGACAAUGGUGACGGCACUUUCUUUUGCAUCUACAUCCCUACAAAACCCAUCAAACACACUAUCAUCAUCACCUGGGGCGAGGUCAAUGUACCCAACAGCCCGUUCAGGGUGAACAUUGGAGAGGGAAGCCACCCUGAGAAUGUGAAGGUGUAUGGACCAGGUGUAGAGAAAAGCGGCCUGAAAGCCAACGAACCCACCUACUUCACUGUGGAUUGCAGUGAGGCCGGCCAGGGAGAUGUGAGCAUUGGGAUCAAAUGUGCUCCUGGAGUGGUGGGCCCUGCCGAGGCCGAUAUCGAUUUUGACAUUAUUAAAAAUGACAACGACACAUUUACUGUCAAAUACACACCACCAGGUGCUGGCCGGUACACUAUCAUGGUUCUGUUUGCUGAUCAGGAAAUACCCAUCAGCCCCUUCCGUAUUAAAGUGGAUCCUUCUCAUGAUGCUAAUAAAGUGAGAGCAGAGGGUCCAGGACUCUGCAAGACUGGUGUGGAAGUGGGCAAGCCGACACACUUCACGAUCUACACUAAAGGAGCAGGAAAGGCCACGCCGGAGGUUCACUUCACAGGAGCGCUUAAAGGAGAGGCUGUGAGCGACUUUGAGAUUAUCGAUAACCACGACUACUCCUUUACUGUCCGCUACACUGCAAUACAACAGGGUAACAUGAGCAUUUCUGUAUGCCAUGGAGGUGACCCCAUCCCCAAAAGCCCCUUCAUUAUCACCGUCGCUCCUCCACUGGACCUCAGCAAGGUCAAAGUGCAGGGACUCAACACCAAAGUGGAUGUUGGUAAAGAUCAGGAGUUCACCAUUAACACACGUGGUGCUGGUGGCCAGGGCAAAGUGGACGUGAAAAUCCUCUCACCUUCUCGCCGACCAAUUCCAUGCAAGGUUGAGUCCGGAACUGCCAAUGAAGUGCACACUGUGAAGUACAUUCCCCCCGAAGAGGGACCCUACAAGGUGGAUAUCAGUUACGACGAGAACCCUGUGCCAGGAAGCCCCUUUUCUGUGGAAGGGGUCAUGCCUCCUGACCCCUCUAAAGUACGAGCCUAUGGCCCAGGCUUGAGGGGAGGAAUUGUGGGUAAACCAGCUCCAUUUGCCAUUGACACCAAAGGUGCCGGCACUGGUGGUCUAGGCCUGACAGUGGAGGGUCCCUGUGAGGCGAAAAUUGAGUGCCAGGACAAUGGAGACGGCUCCUGUUCUGUAUCAUACUUGCCCACUGAACCAGGUGAAUACGCCAUCAACAUCCUGUUUGCCGAUCAGCACGUCCCCGGAUCACCCUUCAAAGCCAUGGUGCAAUCGGUAUUCGACCCGAACAAAGUGACGGUCAGCGGGCCAGGCUUAGAAAGGGGCAAAGUGGACGAGGCUGCAUCCUUUACAGUGGACUGUUCCAAAGCAGGGGAUGCAGAUCUCACUAUUGAGAUUAUCUCAGACUCAGGUGCACAGGCUCAAGUGCAUAUCCAGAACAACAGUGAUGGCACAUACUCCAUCACCUACGUGCCCCAAUUCCACGGCAUGUACACCAUCACUAUUAAAUAUGGUGGACAUGCUGUGCCAAAAUUUCCUGCCCGUGUCGAGGUGGAUCCUGCUGUCGACACCAGUGGAAUCAAAGUCUAUGGACCUGGAAUUGAACCUAGAGGAGUCCUUAGAGAAGUCACUACACACUUUAUUGUGGACACCCGCACUCACAAUGUGACCGGAGGAAACCACAUCAAAGCCUGCAUUGUUAACCCUUCAGGCACCAACACAGAGGCAUACAUCACUGAUAGAGGGGACGGGACCUACAGAGUGGAGUACACUGCUUAUGAGGAUGGCGUGCACCUGAUUGAGGUGUUGUUUGAUGACAUGAUGGUUCCUAAGAGCCCAUUCAGAGUGUCAGUAACAGAAGGCUGUGAUCCGAGCCGUGUUCGGGCUUAUGGACCAGGUCUAGAAGAGGGACUAGUCAACAAAUCCAACCGCUUCACUGUGGAGACCAGAGGUGCUGGUACAGGUGGCCUCGGCUUGGCCAUUGAGGGUCCAUCUGAGGCUAAGAUGUCCUGUAAGGAUAAUAAAGAUGGAAGUUGUAGUGUGGAGUACAUUCCCUUCACUCCUGGAGAGUAUGAUGUGAACAUCACAUUCGGAGGCCUUCCAAUUCCAGGCAGUCCAUUCAGAGUCCCAGUUCGAGAGCUAGUGGAUCCCAGUAAGGUGAGGUGCUCUGGUCCAGGUCUGGGCAACGGAGUUCGAGCUCAUGUCCCACAAACUUUCACUGUGGACUGCAGUAAUGCCGGCUUGGCCCCACUGGAGGUGCUACUCUACAGCCCAACUGGAGCAACAGAGCCAGUUAGCAUUACAGAUAAUGGUGAUGGUACUCACACUGUGAUUUACACCCCCUCAAAAGACGGACCUUACACAGUUUAUGUCAAAUAUGCCGACCAGGAAGUUCCACGAAGUCCCUUUAAAGUAAAAGCCUUGCCUGCUCAUGAUGCCAGUAAGGUUCGUGCCAGCGGCCCUGGUCUUAAUGCCGCUGGAGUCCCUGCUAGCCUUCCAGUGGAAUUCACCAUUGAUGCCCGUGAUGCUGGUGAAGGACUUCUUACUGUCCAGAUCCUGGAUCCGGAUGGGUGCAGGCGUGAGGUCUCUGUGUAUGUGGAGGACUGGGGAAGGAGGGUGUGGGACAGCCAUAUUGUAAAGGGCACCAUCCCCUUCUAUAUUCUUAAGAAAGGCUGUGAUCCAGAAGGAAAGCCAAAGAAAGCAAACAUCAGGGACAACAGAGAUGGAACAUACACAGUGUCCUAUGUGCCAGAUAUGACAGGGCGCUACACAAUCACUAUCAAAUACGGCGGAGACGAGAUUCCGUUCUCUCCAUACCGCAUCCAUGCGCUGCCCACUGGAGAUGCCAGCAAGUGUUUGGUCACAGUUUCCAUUGGUGGACACGGCCUGGGCUCUGGACUCGGACCCACUAUUCAGAUUGGCGAGGAAACCGUCAUCACUGUGGAUGCAAAGGCUGCCGGUAAAGGAAAAGUCACAUGCAAAGUUUCCACCCCUGACGGAGCGGAACUGGACGUGGAUGUUGUUGAGAACUCGGAUGGAACAUUCGAUAUCUACUACACAGCUCCAGAGCCAGGGAAAUACAUCAUCACCAUCCGCUUCGGUGGAGAGCACAUCCCUAACAGCCCCUUCCAUGUGGUGGCGUGUGAUACCGUUCCUAUAAUAGAGGAGCCGUGUGAUAAAGUGCAGUUACAGCAGCCCUACUCGCCUUACCAGGGUUACUCCCCUCACUGGGCUACUGAGGAACCUGUUACAGCCAUCAAUGGCAUGGAGCCCAUGCUUCGUCCAUUCAGUUUGGUCAUUCCGUUUACAGUGCAGAAAGGAGAGAUCACAGGUGAGGUACGAAUGCCUUCUGGCAAGACAGCUCGGCCUCACAUCACUGACAAUAAAGACGGCACGGUAACAGUGAAAUAUGCCCCUACUGAGAAAGGUCUGCAUGAGAUGGACAUCAAGUACGAUGGCAACCACAUACCAGGGAGUCCACUGCAGUUCUACGUCGAUGCCAUAAACAGUGGUCAUGUAACUGCUUACGGUCCUGGCCUGAGUCACGGCAUGGUCAACAAACCCUCGAUCUUCACGAUUGUCACAAAAGAUGCAGGAGAAGGUGGCCUUUCUCUAGCCGUCGAAGGUCCGUCUAAAGCGGAGAUCAGCUGUAAAGACAACAAAGAUGGCACCUGCACCGUCUCCUACCUACCUACUGCACCAGGAGAUUAUAAUAUCAUUGUCAAAUUUGAUGACAAGCACAUCUCUGGCAGCCCAUUUACAGCCAAGAUUACAGGAGAUGACUCCAUGAGAACUUCCCAGUUAAACGUAGGCACAGCGUCUGAUGUGUCUCUGAAGAUAACAGAGACAGACCUAAGUUCCCUCACAGCAAGCAUCCGAGCUCCAUCUGGUAACGAGGAGCCGUGUCUGCUCAAAAGACUGCCUAACCGCCAUAUCGGGAUCUCCUUUACUCCUAAGGAAGUGGGUGAGCAUGUGGUGAGUGUGAAGAAGAACGGCAAACAUGUGACCAACAGCCCAUUCAAAAUCAUCGUUGGUCAGUCAGAAAUCGGAGACGCCAGCAAAGUGAAAGUGUUUGGCAAAGGCCUGGUGGAGGGACACACCUUUGAGGUGGCAGAGUUCAUCGUGGACACGAGAAAUGCAGGUUAUGGUGGUCUGGGUCUGUCCAUCGAAGGUCCCAGCAAAGUGGACAUUAACUGUGAAGACAUCGAGGAUGGCACAUGCAAAGUAACCUACUGCCCCACGGAGCCGGGCACCUAUAUAAUCAACAUCAAGUUUGCAGACCAGCAUGUGCCAGGAAGUCCCUUCACAGUAAAGGUGCUUGGGGAGGGCAGGAUGAAGGAAAGCAUCACCAGACGAAGGCAGGCUCCCUCAAUAGCUACUGUAGGCAGCACCUGCGACCUCAACCUCAAAAUCCCAGGGAACUGGUUUCAGAUGGUGUCGGCGCAAGAAAGGCUAACGCGCACCUUCACUCGCAGCAGCCACACAUAUACACGCACCGAGCGCACCGAGAUCAGCAAGACGCGGGCAGGGGAAACCAAGCGCGAAGUGCGUGUCGAGGAGAGCACGCAGCUUGGGGGAGACCCCUUCAGAGAUGUGUUCGGAGGAUUUAUGGGGCCCUUCAGUGGCAUCCAGUCCCGUCAAUCUGAGGGUGAGACUGGUACUCAAGAAAUGACGGCUCAGGUGACGAGUCCUAGUGGCAAAAUGGAUGAUGCUGAGAUCAUCGAGGGCGAAAACAGCACCUACAGUGUGCGCUUUGUGCCCCAUGAGAUGGGCCCUCACACAGUUAAUGUGAAAUACCGGGGCCAGCAUGUUCCCGGAAGCCCCUUUCAGUUUACCGUGGGGCCGCUCGGAGAAGGAGGAGCUCAUAAAGUACGUGCAGGUGGUACCGGUCUCGACAGAGGGGUUGCAGGAGUGCCAGCCGAGUUCAGUAUCUGGACGCGUGAGGCAGGUGCUGGUGGAUUGUCCAUCGCAGUUGAGGGACCCAGUAAAGCUGAAAUCUCCUUUGAAGACAGGAAGGACGGCUCCUGUGGAGUGGCCUAUGUGGUCCAAGAACCUGGUGACUAUGAGGUGUCAAUCAAAUUCAACGAUGAACACAUCCCAGACAGUCCGUUCAUCGUUCCCAUAGCGACACUGUCUGACGACGCUCGAAGACUUACUGUUACUAGCCUGCAGGAAACGGGUCUGAAAGUGAACCAGGAAGCUUCUUUUGCAGUGCAGCUGAAUGGCGCAAGGGGUAUGAUCGACGCCAAGGUUCACACACCCUCCGGUGCAGUGGAGGAGUGCUACAUUACAGAACUAGACAACGACAAGCAUGCCAUUCGCUUCAUCCCGCGUGAAAACGGAGUCCACUCCAUCGACGUACGCUUCAACGGAAGCCAUAUUCCUGGCAGCCCCUUUAAGAUCCGUGUGGGAGAACCGGGUCAAGUUGGAGACCCUGGCAUGGUGUCUGCUUUUGGGCCUGGCCUGGAGGGAGGAACCACAGGUGUGCCCUCUGAAUUCAUCGUAAACACAGUCAACGCUGGAACCGGAGCGCUCUCCGUCACCAUCGACGGACCCUCCAAAGUGAAGAUGGACUGCCAAGAAUGUCCCGAGGGUUACAAGGUGACGUACACACCCAUGGCCCCUGGCAGCUACCUCAUCUCCAUCAAAUACGGAGGACCGCAGCAUAUCGUCGGCAGCCCGUUCAAAGCUAAAGUCUCCGGUCCACGUCUGUCUGGAGGACACAGUCUUCACGAGACCUCAUCAGUACUUGUGGAAACAGUGACCAAGUCUUCCACCGUGGCCGGCUCUUUUGCCUCUUUGCCCAAAUUUUCAUCUGAUGCCAGCAAAGUGGUGUCACGGGGGUCAGGUCUCUCGAAAGCCUUCAUCAGCCAGAAGAACACCUUCACAGUAGACUGCAGUAAAGCUGGGACGAACAUGCUGAUGGUGGGUGUGCACGGUCCAAAGACUCCAUGUGAAGAGGUCUAUGUCAAGCACAUGGGUAACAGGAUGUACAAUGUCACAUACACGGUCAAGGAAAAAGGCGACUACAUCCUUAUUGUCAAAUGGGGUGAUGAGAUGGUGCCCGGCAGCCCCUUCCACGUCACAGUGCCUUAAUAUGGACCUUACACCAUACUCCUUUUUCUAAACUAAGAGACUUGGCUGUCUGUUCUGGAGGAAAGACAGCACUCACUAAAAGUGCCAAAUGGUUUCACAUCACAUCACAGUAUUGCUUAGUUUCUGUGCCAACUGUGCACUAUGUUUGAAUACUAUUCACCUGCCUUUUUCUUUUCUUUUUUUUUUUUUAUAAAAUAAUUGAUUCACUAGUGUUAUUUUCGUGGCUCUUUUAUUUCUGCUAAUAGUAUUUUUUGUACUUUUUGUUAUUGUAGAGAAUGUAUGAAAGAGAAUGUCAAAACAGCCAAAUUGAUUAUGAUCUUUAAAAAAUAUAAAUAUAUUCUUAUACAGCCCUAAAACAUCUGAAGCAACUUCAGCUUUUAUUUAUUUAGUCAAUAUUCUCUUUUUUCCUUGACAAUACUUGUCUUAUUUUCCAGAGAAAGAACUAUGGCCGCCACAGUUUUAAGGCUUUUUUUCUUGUUGAUAAACCGUAAGUGGAGAAAGGCUAAUGAGAAGCAUGUUUACUCUUCCUGAUUUUUCCCGCUGUGCCUCCUGACAGCAUUGCAUGAUCUGGGGAGAAAGACUUUUGUAUCACUUUUCAUUGAGAAUGUUUGAAAACCCAUAGACGUGUAAGCAGAGCAGUAUUACAGAGUGCCAUUUUAUAGUGAUUUUAUAUGAAUGAAACAAUUGUGUAUGAAAACAACGUAAUCUAAUGUUUGUUGAUUCUGUGCAGGCAUAUUAAAGUUUUAUUUGCUAUUUUGCCAUUAAAAAAAAAAUGUGCACUGGA